AUGUUCUUUCCUCUUCUCAAUCUAUACUUUUACAUUCCGAGUACUCUAUUUUUUGGUAUUUCAGUUUUAUUAUUUAAUUUAUUAUAUCGGAAAUUACGACUGAAAUACAAAGGAAAAAUUAAUUCAUAUUUAUUCCGAAACAAUUCUAGUGAUUUAGAUUGUCGAGAAUUAGCUUUUGCAACCACUAAUUACAUUCAUGCAGUUAUUAGUGGAAUAUGGGGAUUAUAUUUAUUUUAUUAUAAUUUUGUAAAUUCUCCAAAUGGAAUGAACAAGACAAAUGUUUCACUCGAGUCCAUUGUGAAACAACCUAAUCAUUUCUUUUUUUCAUAUAAUGACUCUAUUUCUAAUUUAAUGUCAUUCACAUUAGGAUACUUGACAGUCGAUUUAUGUUGCUAUUCAUUUCUUGUUGUGUUAGAACAAAGUAACACAAUGAAUGCCAUCUUUCAUUUUGUCAUUGUCAUUGCAUUUAGUUUAUAUUUUGUGAAUGGAACAGGAGCAAUUCCUGCCUUGUUUGGAGAGAUUUCAGAAAUUGCUUCAAUUUGGAUUGGUCAAGAAGAAUUGAUGGAAAAUUUAGUGCAUGAAUAUUCUAAAAAAUUAUAUUUCGUCAUUCACUCUAUUUUGAAUACUUUGAGUUUUUUAAUGACUCGAACAUUGAUGAGUGUGUAUUUAGGUUAUCAAUUCUUUUCAAAUAUUUCAGAACUUGUGGAAUUGAGAAAUGUAGAUUCUAUUCAUGCGAGUGUCAUUCUGAUUGUGUAUAUUCAAUGCAUUCUAUUAGUGUUAGUGAUUGUGAUGAAUUUCUAUUUCACGUUUGAUUGUUUGAGAUUUGCAUUAAAUCCAAUUAAGAAUUAUUUGAAUAAGGAAAAGGAAAUGUAA